AUGGUGCACAUCAUCAACGGCGAGAUCGUCGCGGACAACGACCCGCGCGUGCUCAAGAUCAAGAAGCAGAGCUCGGAGCCACCCAACUAUGGCUCGGCGCGCUUUGGCAGCACGCGGGCGCCCGGCGGCAACAUCACGACUGUCAACAAUAUGGGCGACGCGCCGGCACCCCCCGUCUCGGACUCGCCCUUUAGCCGCUUUGGCGCGGCCAUUGGCAUGCAGGGCACCGUCAACAUGCCUGCGAUCCCGAUUCUCUGCAUGCGCAGCGCGCCUGUCGAGAAGGUCACCCUCCUCAUCUUUGUGAUCCUGACGCUGCUCCUCGGGUGGCGCGCCCUCGUCUUUGGCCUCAUCAUCUACUAUAUUUAUCAAGCCCAGCGCCCGCUGCCGUAG